CCCUCGCGAGUGACUCCAGGUGAGGGCGAGGUGCCUGCCCAGGCAGCAGCAGCAGCAGGAGGAGGAAGUCGUGCGGGCCGUCUCGAGCCGUCUCGAGCCCACGGCGCUCUCCGUGCGCCUCUUGAGCCGCCCGAGCUGCUAGGAGGGACCGGGUGGCUCUGUGUGCUGCGAGUGAAGGAGUCUCCCCGGAGGCGGUGGGCUUCCUGUCGGCGGUGGGGCUCUUUGUGCUGCUGCUGGUGCUGCUCUUCCUCUUCAUCAACAAGAAGCUGUGCUUCGCCGACGUGGGAGGCCUGCCCUGCCUGGAGGCCCAGCUACGGCAGAGGAAGGACAAACGGAGUCUUCACGACAAGCUGGACGCAGCACUGGGCUGACCACCACCACAACAACAACGAGGAUGCACGUCUUACAGCGACGCUUAUUUUCUUCCGCCAUGAGGAGAUUUUGCACCAAGUUCGGUAUUUGAAAUUCAAAGCGAAGGACACGGGCAGAAGAAAGUAAACGAUCGCGGGGGGAGACUCAGGGCGGCGAUGGCCUUUUCGGGAAACUUUGGCUCGCUGUCCUCCUGGGUGGAGCAGCUGGGCUCCGCUGUGGAGCAGGCCAAGAACUCCGUGACGGAGGCUAUCGGGAACCUGACUUCGGAAAUCACAGGUCCCACGCCGACCAGAAGUCCGCCGACGGACGCCGCGGACGAUUCGCGAAGCGGCUCCCAGCCCGACGACGGCGAAUGGGAGCACCGCAACGGGGGGCGCUCGCCCGGCUCCAGCCACGGAAGAGGCGACUCGCGUGCGCAGACGAGGGCGCAAGCGGUCGAGCGCUACGACGACGACGACGAGGAGCGUGGCGACGGCGAGCGGGACGAGAGGCCCACGCCCUUGCCGGAAGAUCCGCGCCGAUCACGGAACUCGAGCAGAAAUUCGUACGGCGAUGGCCACCACGCGGACGUCUAUCGUCAAGGGAGCAGCAGGAACUCAGCAGUGCGCAGCUACGGAGGAGGAGGUGGCGGAGGAGGAGGAGGUGGUGGUGGUGGCGGCCGCGAGGAGGAGAUCGACGGAGAUGACGUGUCCUCGUCGGACAGCGACGAGGAGGUGAUGGGGAAGUUCGAGGAGAGCGUGUCGCGCUCGCACAGCUUCCGCUCUGCCACCGCGUCGGAGAGGGCCGUGCAGGCGGCGGCGGCGGGCCGCACGCAGGCCGGCACGCCGCGGGCCGGCACGCCGCGGGCCGCCACGCGCCCGAGCCCGACCCCCACCGCCCCCUCGCCGCACGACGGCUACAGCAGCGGCGAGGCGUCCCUCGACGACGGGCAAUGGAGGCAGAGUCCCACGAGCCGCUCCCGAACACCGGCGACGUUGGCUCCGAGAGGCGCGGGACACCCCCCCCGGCAGCGCUACGAGGACGAGCGGGCGGGCACCCCCGCGGACGACUACGAGGACGACGACCGCGAGGAAGAGGAGGACUACGACGAGGACUCGGAGGCGCGGCGAUACCGCUACUCCCCGGGCUCCCGCUCGGCCACGGACUGGGACGAGGACACGCGCGGCGCGUGCUCCGACACGCUCUCGCGCUCCGCGUCGCCCUCGCGCUCCGCUUCGCCCGCGUCGCGCAGCGGGGCCACGUCCGGGAGCUGCGGCGGGGGAGCGGCGGGGGAGCGGCGAGGGGGGGGAGCGGCGAGCGAGGCGAGGUCGGCGAGGUCGGCGAGGUCGGCGAGCCGCGCGGCAACGCCGAGCGGCGGCGACGAGCGCUGCGGAGGUCGCGCCAGCCGGACGAGCUCCGCGAGCCGGGACGGCGACACGGGCCGGGAGAGCCGCGUGUACGACGAGGGGGUGAUGAGCGACAGCACGGCCGUCCUCGGCACAGAGGAGGGAUCCGUGCACGGUUUGGAGCAGGACCUCUCCGCCGUGGCCGCGAAACAAAACGAGCCGAUCUCCAAGUGCGGAAAUCUGGACGUGAAGGUGGCCUACAGCACCGGCGCGCAGAAGCUGGAGGUCACGGUGCUGUCGGCGCACGACAUCCCGGCCAAACAGCGCAGCGGCGCCAACACCUGGCAGGUGCACCUGGUGCUGCUGCCCACCAAGCGGCAGCGCUUCAAGACGAGCGUGCAGAACGGCGAGACGCCCGUCUUCCACGAGUCCUUCCGCUUCUCGGCGCUGGAGCCGGGCGAGCUGUCGACCUACGCGCUGCGCUUCCGCCUGUACGCCGUGCGCUCCAUGAACCGCGAGCGCAUGAUGGGCGAGAAGCUGCUGUACCUGAGCAAGCUGGCCCCCGACCUGAGCACCGAGCUGUCCCUGCUGCUCGAGCCGCGCUGCAACAUCAGCACGGGCGAGUCCCAGCAGAGCCUGUCGGCGAUCUCGCGCAGCGACAGCGCCUCCUCCAACCAGUCGCUGUCGCACGGCGGCUCCCCCGAGCUUCUCGCGGGCCUCGGCUACGACCCCACCACAGGCCGCCUGGCCGUGGAGAUCGUCAAGGGCAGCCACUUCCGCAACCUCGCCGUCAACCGGCCCCCGGACACGUACGUGAAGCUCUCGCUGCUCAACUCGGUGGGGCAGGAGAUGUCCAAGAGCAAGACGUCGGUGAGGCGGGGGCAGCCCAACCCCGUCUACAAGGAGACCUUCAUCUUCCAGGUGGCCCUCUUCCAGCUCUCCGACGUGACCCUCAUGCUGUCCGUGUACAACAAGCGCAGCAUGAAGCGGAAGGAGAUGAUCGGCUGGGUCUCGCUGGGUGCAAACCACAGCGGGGAAGAGGAGCUCAGCCAUUGGACGGAAAUGAAAGACUCCAAGGGGCAGCAGGUGUGCCGCUGGCACUCGCUGCUCGAGUCUUAGCAAGCCAGGAGCGCUGGCCAGGAGCGCUGGCCAGGAGCGCAAGGCGCAGGUCGAUCCGCGCUCUCCGGCUCGUUUGAGUCGCCGUUACGCGACCCCCCCCCACCCGCGUCUCUAGGAGAAGAGGCGCUCGCUGCAUGGUUGUCGGGGAAAACGUUGAGCGGAUAGAGAAGCGCUCCUCCGAUACGCAAGGACCCUUUUUGCCGAACGUCGUCUCGCCGGGGUUGCCCGUCACCGCCGUCCGGUCUGGUCGCUCCGCCCCUCCCCUGGGGUGAACGUAGCACGGGGUGAAGCUGUCGCGAAGACAUCCUCACGGGGUGGGAAACGCGGACGAUUUGGUGGGACAAUAUCCCAUAAAUCUCAUGUAAGCCUUAUUAUGAGCACAUAUACAGCACACGUUUGUGUGCGAUGCUACGGUAAGACGUAAGAACGGUGUAAUUUGGGGUUGGCAUGUUUUGUGACUUUAAAUGGAGGGAGAUGAAGCAUUGAUAUGAAUGACUGUAAUUUGCCACUGAUUAUUGGUAUUGCAAACAAGUUAUAUGCUGCAGCAGUUUGUCAUUUGAAAUUGCAUCACAACUGUUAAAUAGCGGCCCGGAUCCAGUGUCCCUCUGUUUUGGCGCAGUGCUUUGUGCAAGCAUCAAUAAACGAGACAGUUCCACAAUUUAUUUGCCAUCACAUGCUGUUAGCUCGCUCCCUUUGCUUGCUUUGUUGGCUUGGGACGCGAAUUCUUCUUCAUGUUGGUCGAACGUUUGAAAUGUGAUGUAACUGCCACGGUUCUGUUUGACCUUGCUCUUGUUGAAUGGUGUGUUUAAUGAGUAAUUUAUGACACGUGGACUAUUUAUUCUGUAUUAUUAUCUUUGGUUUUGAAAUUGGGAUGCAAUGAUUCCGACACUGCAAGGUAUGCGACAGGAACCUCUGUUUGACCUUCCCAUAGAGUUUCAUUUGUAUUGCUGAAGCACCCGUGCAUGAUUCAGAGUUUAACUCGCGGCGUUAUUGCCAAGUCACGUGGUCCCAUUGCUUGUGUUCCGUGUCUGUCGCCUCCUUUACCCAUCUGCAAUACGUGCAACACUUUAUUAUCGUAGUGACUGUAGCUAUAGUUGUAUGCAAUAAACCUUUCACGUAAAUUACUUCAUUAAAACUUGCUUGAAAAAUGCA